AUCUCUGAGGAAUGGUCUAAGGGAGUCUUUGUGGUGAAACAAAGUGAUGAGGAUAUUCACACUGCCAACGAACGCAGACUGAAGGAGCUGAUUGGGGAUAUAGCUGGAAAGCUGCACACUGGAAGAAGCAGGAAUGAUCAGGUUGUGACUGACCUGAAGCUGCUCCUGAAGAGUUCCAUCUCUGCAAUCUCCACUCACUUGCUGCAGCUCAUCCAGUCCUUGGUGGAGCGCGCUGCUACAGAAAUUGAUGUUAUCAUGCCUGGCUACACCCACCUGCAGAAAGCUCUGCCCAUCAGAUGGAGCCAGUUCCUGCUCAGCCACGCUGUUGCACUGAUUCGUGACUCUGAGCGCCUGGGUGAGGUGAAGAAAAGGAUGAACGUCUUGCCUCUGGGAAGCGGUGCUCUGGCUGGGAACCCACUGGAAAUUGAUAGAGAGCUUCUGCGUAGUGAACUGGACUUUGCAUGCAUCAGCCUGAACAGCAUGGAUGCCAUCAGUGAGAGAGACUUUGUGGUGGAAUUACUCUUUGUUGCCACUCUGCUGAUGAUCCACCUUAGCAAGCUGGCCGAAGAUCUCAUCAUCUUCAGCACCACUGAAUUUGGCUUUGUGACUCUCUCUGAUGCCUACAGCACUGGCAGCAGCCUGUUGCCUCAGAAGAAGAAUCCUGAUAGCCUGGAACUGAUCCGCAGCAAAGCUGGUCGUGUGUUUGGACGGUUGGCUGCAAUUCUCAUGGUUCUGAAAGGAAUUCCAAGCACCUUCAGCAAGGAUCUGCAGGAGGACAAGGAAGCUGUCCUUGAUGUUGUGGACACUCUGACUGCUGUGCUCCAGGUUGCCACCGGAGUGAUUUCUACCCUCCAGAUCAACAAGGAGAACAUGGAGAAGGCUCUGACCCCUGAGUUGCUGUCUACUGAUCUGGCUCUCUACUUGGUUCGUAAAGGAGUGAUGGUCAGUGUGGGUCAACAAACACGAGAGCUGGAAACACAUUCUUUACAUGUAUCCCAAGUAGUGGAACUGCUGCCGGGUGGACUUGAUAGUAAUUUACAGAUGCCCAUCAGACAAGCCCAAACUGCUUCUGGGAAGGCCGUCCACCUUGCUGAGACUAAAGGCAUCACCAUCAAUAAUCUCACCCUGGAGGACCUGAAGAGCAUCAGCCCUCUGUUUGCCAGCGAUGUCUCCCAGGUCUUCAGCGUUGUCAACAGCGUGGAGCAGUACACUGCCGUGGGCGGCACUGCCAAGAGCAGCGUGACUGCCCAGAUCGAGCAGCUGAGGGAGCUGCUGAAGAAGCAGAAGGAGCAAGCUUAGAGUGUGGGGACAAAUCCCGUGGCUGCAGCGUUGUGCUUAUCACACUAAUCCAGAUUUAAUAAACACUGUGGUGUAUUGUAGU